CGGCAAGUAAAACCGGCGGAUUAGAAACAGAAGGCAGAGGAUCUCUUUCAGAGAGAGAGAGAGAGAGAGCGCGCGCGCGCGUAGUGUGGGAAUGGCGGGGUUAUAUUGCUGUAUAAGAGCUCCUCAUUUAAUGAGACUCCACGGCCUCCGAUGCUCCUCCAGCACACCGCAUAACAAUUUCAACAAAAAUAUGAAUAAGAGAGAAACCCAAACCCCGCAGAUUUUGAAACUCGCGGUGAGCGGAGUCACUGAGCUUUUGAGACUCUUCUCCUCCUCCAGAUCGGAAAGAGUGGAUGAUAAAAAGAGAGAAGAGAUUUCAGUUUCGGGAGUCAAUGAUGUUGUAAUGAUCCUCAAAUCUGAUUAUGAGAAUGCCUACUUUGUAACAGAUACCUUAGUGACUUCGAGAUCCGUCCACCUUGAGGGGGCUUUUACUUCUGCAAUUUAUGCUGAAGAUUGUAUAUUUGAAGAUCCAACUAUUAGAUUUCGAGGUAAGGCAUUGUAUUCACGCAACCUGAAAUUGCUUGUUCCUUUCUUUGACCGUCCUUCAAUUGGAUUGCAAAAGAUUGACAAGGGUAUCAAUUCCAAAACUAAUUUUGUGCUAGCAACAUGGAAACUAAGGACUUACCUAAAACUUCCAUGGAAGCCCCUCAUUUGCAUUGAUGGAAGUACAGUCUACGAAUUGGAUGACAAGUUUAACAUUGUCAGGCAUGCUGAGAGUUGGAAUGUUUCUGCGCUUGAAGCAAUUGGCCAGAUAUUCACCCCUAGUUUUGGAAGGCCUAACGAUUGAAUGUUCAAGGCUCAAUAAAUAUGAUGUCAAAGAUUUUCAGGUAAUUACAUAGGGGUUCGAUGGGUGUUUUGGGACUAUCAAGACAAAAACAUUGGGGAAAAGAUACAACAGGGCUCUAGGUUAAGUUCAAGAAUCAAGGUGGAAGUGCAGGGCACUAAUUUGAGAAUGAUACUAAUUUAAUUUUUGAGGUGACUUGAGUUUUGGCUUGUGAUUUUAGUGGGACCGUCAGAGAGUUAAAUGAUAUGAAAAGUUGGAAGAGUGGGAAAAUAGGAUCAACCACGAUUGAGAUUACUUGUCUUCUUAAAUCCAUGUAUAUAGUAUUUCCCUAAAGACCGCUUACAUUUUGUGAAACCAGGCUUUUGUUUUCUCUUGAUGGUGGGGCUAUAAAACAAAUUAAGGUAUCUCUGAUUA